GGUCACACUAAAAGUAUUCUGUAGAUUUGGUUGGUUUUGGAAAAUUCCCGAAAUUGUUGCGAGGCUGGAAACGAAGUCGAUCCUAGCACAAACCUAUCCAAAAGCACAAAUCCCUUAAAUAUAUAGAAAUCCGCAGACAUGGCCGACGACUGGGAAUCCGCAGCAGACAGUGAAGUGGUCAUCCGACCAAAUGCAGCCGCCAGCGUAAACAAGUGGGAGGGCGAGGACGAAGACGAGGACAUCAAGGACAGCUGGGAGGAUGAAGAAGAGAAGAAGGAUGAGGAGAAGCCCACGAAAACAGAAGCCCCAUCAAAGCCAAAGCCAAGCAAGGCGUUAAAGGCCAAACUGGAGCAGCAAGCGCGCUUGGAGGAAGAGGCGGAAGCGGAACGACUGGCAAACCUCUCGCCCGAGGAUAAGCUGGCCGAGAAACUGCGUCUGCAAAAAAUACAGGAGGCCUCAGACCUCAAACACGCUCAAGAUGCAUUUGGCGUGACGAGUACGAGCGGUGGCCUGGACGCAUUCAACCCGGAGAGCAAAGAGGAGUUCAAAGAGUUCGGUGCCACGCUCAGUUGGAAAGUGUCCCAAUACCGCGAGUCGGAGCACUUCCCCCAGUUUGUCGAGGACCUGGUACGCAGCCUAUGCGUGAACCUGAGCGCCGCUGACAUCAAGAAGGUCAAGAUGAACGUGGAAAUCUUGCACUCGGAAAAGCUCAAGCUAGAGAAGGCCAAUGCCAAGAAGCCCGCUGGCAAGGGCAAGGGCAAGGUCACUCUGCGCACCGAGAACGACGAUAUUGACGGCUACCAAAAGUACGGCAAUGACUUCACCGAAGACUACGACGACUUCAUGUGAAUAGGAUCUAUAUUGUAGCCCGCAUAUAUAUAAUUAUUGAAUACAUAGUUGCUUGUUGAAGAGUUCUUCUUGUUAGAGAUGCUGCGCAGGAAUUUGAGUCCUUUGUUGAAUAUAAAAUAGCAGAACCUAUAUAAAUAUGUACAUAUAUAUUUAUAUGACCAUAAAGAACAACAAAAAAACACAGUCAAGUCAGGCAAUCAAGAAACCUCAACGAACACGCAAAUCCAAUACCAAACCGAAAAAAAUAUUUAAGCAACUGACUUAUGGCAAGUGCAUAUGUAUAUGUCGUAUUCGGAAUGGCUUCUUGUGAAAUUAACUUUUGUAUAAAGAAUAAAACUACAGAACGAUAUUAAACGGUAA